AUGUCCGAAUAUGUAUUUGAGUCACUCGAAAAGACGUUGGAAGCCCAUAUACCAGAUGUGGAACUCAAAGAGGUUAAACGUAUUUUAUACGGAAAAGAACUGAGGAAGUUAAUCCUACCUCAGACUGCACUGGAUGCAGCACUGGAGAGGGAUUUUGAUCUGCAGGGUUAUGUUUUUGAGGCAGCACCAGAGCAGCUCAGGGCACCUAGAGUUGUCCGGGUGGGACUCAUCCAAAACAAGAUCAUUCUUCCCACUGAUGCUCCUGUAAUUGACCAAAUUACUGCUCUACACAAGCGAGUGGGUGAGAUAGUGGAAGUAGCUGCUAUUUGUGGUGUCAAUAUGGUCUGCUUCCAGGAAGCCUGGACAAUGCCUUUUGCCUUUUGCACCAGAGAGAGGGAGCCGUGGACAGAGUUUGCAGAGUCUGCUGAAGAUGGCUUCACCACUCACUUCUGCCAAGAGUUGGCAAAAAAAUACAACAUGGUGGUAGUGUCUCCCAUUCUGGAGAGGGAUGAGAUCCACGGAGGAACCCUGUGGAACACAGCAGUUGUUGUCUCAAACACAGGGACCGUCCUGGGAAAAAGCCGGAAAAAUCAUAUUCCGCGUGUGGGGGACUUCAAUGAGUCUACAUACUAUAUGGAGGGCAACACCGGCCACCAAGUCUUUCAGACACAGUUUGGAAAGAUAGCUGUAAAUAUCUGUUAUGGCCGCCACCACCCACUUAACUGGUUCAUGUACAGUAUGCAUGGAGCUGAGAUUAUCUUCAACCCAUCAGCUACAGUGGGAGCUCUCAGUGAACCUCUGUGGUCAAUUGAAGCUAGAAAUGCGGCCAUUGCCAACCACUGCUUUACUUGUGCCAUCAACAGAGUGGGCAUGGAAUAUUUCAAGAAUGAAUUCACAUCUGGAGAUGGGAAGAAAGCCCAUCAUGACUUUGGUCACUUUUAUGGCUCCAGCUACGUGGCUGCACCUGAUGGCAGUCGAUCACCGUGUCUAUCCAGAACCAAAGAUGGGUUACUGGUGGCAGAGCUAGACUUGAAUCUAAACCGGCAAAUUGCAGACAAGUGGAAUUUUAAGAUGACAGGGAGGUAUGACUUGUAUGCUAUGGAGCUCACAAAGGCUGUCCAGCAUGCCUUCAAGCCCAAUACUGUCAAGGAGUAA